UUGAGGAAAUUUUAACGGAGAAAAUGCUGAGACUUUCCUCACUAAAGCAAAAGCGGGAAGAUCAGCAAACUCGUAACGCGUCCAAUAAGAAAGCAGCCUCAUUCGCACUGCUGAGGAUAACAAAAGAUAUUAACGAACUCAAUCUCCCAAAUACUUGCGGGAUAAUAUUUCCACUAUCAGAUGAUCUCUUCAAUUUCAAAUUGACAAUAUCGCCGGAUGAAGGAUUCUAUAAGUAUGGACAGUUCACCUUCGAUUUUAAAAUUUCUUCAAACUACCCGUACGAACCCCCAAAAGUAAAAUGCGAAACAAAAAUUUAUCACCCUAACAUUGAUCAAAAUGGCAACAUAUGCCUGAAUAUUUUGCGUGAAGACUGGAAACCUGUACUUACUUUAAAUUCUAUCGUAUACGGAUUGCAGUAUCUCCUUCUCGAACCUAAUCCCGAUGAUCCUUUAAACAAAGCCGCUGCCGAGGACUUCAAAACAAGUCAGGUCGUCUUCGCUAAAAAUAUUAAAAAUAUGUUGUAGGUAAGAAGCAAUGUUUCUUCAGUAUUGGAUGAGAUUUUGUCUAUUAAUUUCAAAAAUGUACUAUGUAUCAUUAUGCUGUAUUAUGUAUGCUGAUUUAUUUAUGCAAAAUAUGAGUA